UCAGCCUGCUCUCACCCCUCGGAGAGGCUCACCCCACCGCCGAGCACUCGCUGCCCCGCCACGCCCGUCUGCCGGCCGAGAUGCUAGGUAACAGGAGACUGGGGCUGUCCGGACUGACCAUCGCCCUGGCCCUGCUGGUAUGCUUGGGGGCGCUGGCCGCGGCGUACCCCUCCAAGCCGGACAACCCGGGCGAGGACGCGCCGGCGGAGGACAUGGCCAGAUACUACUCAGCGCUGCGACACUACAUCAACCUCAUCACCAGGCAGAGAUAUGGAAAGCGAUCUAGCCCUGAGACACUGAUUUCAGACCUCUUAAUGAGAGAAAGCACAGAAAACGUCCCCAGAACUCGGCUUGAAGAACCUUCCAUGUGGUGAUCAGAAAUAAAACUCACUCUCCAGGCCCCACCCAUUUUCAACCCACACUUCAUCCUGUAAAACUAGAGUCUACCUGUCCUACCAGAGCAUGCAGCCUUGUGCUAAAUUC